AAUAGAAAGCGAAGGCUGCAAGUAGUAUUCGGUUGCAUUUAAAUUCAUUAUCAAUUAACAAGUCCACAGAACCUGCAUUCAAAGUUCAAAAAGUAAAAGUGAACCAAAAUGUAGUGUUUACGCGGUAUUUGUUUACUAUUUCGGGAAGCAAAUUAAUGUAUAUUCUUCAAUAAGAAUUUCUUAUCGCCUGAUUUCGUAUUUCUUGGUGAGGUGAAAACAUGCAACUCUUCUAAAAGUAAAAGUCAUCGCCUACAGAGAGUCGCCAUCCAACGAAAUCACUCAAGGAGAAGCUUAUUACUCACAGCAUUUAGUUUCGAAAUACAUUUAUGAAUAGAAUUGAAUUUACUGGCAUUUUAUCAACACAAGUUGAGUUGACAAGAGGUAGUCACCGCACUUAAGGUUUUAUAUCUAAACGUAAAUCGACUAUCCAAAUGGCUUCUAUAUUGGACCUACCAGAUGACUGCUUGACGAUGAUUUGCAAAAAGUUGGAACGCGAUGUUCAACAAUACUGCUGGAGCAACGUGUGCAAACGAUUUCAGAACAUCUAUUUCGAGUAUUUUCACAAUUGGAUGGAAGUAAAUGACAAUUUAGCGAAAAAUUAUGGUCAUCUCAUUGGGACCGGCGACUUUCCGCUGCGAACUAUAAAGAAACUUAAUUUGUCGAAGUCAAAAUGUACAAAAUACUUUCUGAAUAAAUUACGCGAUUGCCAUAAGGAGAUUGAAGAGGCGAAACUCUUUUCCUUCACCGAUGAGUAUUUGGCCGAAUUGUUGCCAUUACCAAAUCUGAAGAAACUGAUCUGCAUCGGCACUUAUAAUUUGAGAGGUAGCAGCUUAAUGGAACUCAACAGUCUCACGGAGCUGCACAUAAACACUAAUAAAUUGUUUCAGCCGGAAAGCUUGCUGCAAAUAACAUAUUACAAUCCAUUGAGGACGCUUGUAAUGCCCAACGACCCACACAUGUUUUCGAAUAGAUACGCCUUUGAAAUGUUCGAAAACCUUAAAAACGUCGAACAGCUCGUGAUAGAAUUUAACCCUUGUAAAUCGUGGCAACUGGUCGGCACUUUACCGAAAUUGAAAAGGCUCGAGAUUUGGGAUUUCGUCAGUCAUGAGUGUGAGACCUGUUUGGAGGACCACAAUUUGUACGAGACAUGCACAGGGCAACAUGCCACUAUCUUUUUUGAUGAAUUGCGUCGGAGGAAUCAGUUGGAAGAAUUGGUACUUUCUGACGGUUACGUGUCUGAGCAACAUCUCUUGAAAAUUUCGGAGCUGACAAACUUGAAGCGUUUAAUAUUUUUGCGGGCUGCUUUAACGCCCUCUCUAUCACUGGGUGUGUUUAAGGAAUUGGUGAAUUUGGAAGAGCUACACCUUGACGGCUGCAGACUAAUAAAUGCGGAGGCUUCACUAGAGCUAAUAAGAUGUUGUAAGAAGCUCAAAGUUCUGCUUCUUUGGUUUGUUGGUGGCGUAACUUCGUACUUUCUUACGGAGGCAAAUGAUAUCUUAAGUCGCAGACAACCGGCACCACUUGAGCCUUUGACAAUAGGAUUUUCCCAGAUUGUUGAAUAUUUGAAGUUUGAAAAGCCGCUUCCAUUUCUACGAUUUGUAAGACUAACGAGGAGGUUUGUUGGUGCAGAAGAAGACUACUUGAAAAGAGAGGAGGACUAUGUGAGUCAAACGAAUGCGCAGGGCGACUCGCUGAAAAGAAAAUUUUCGAUCCUGAACAGGCAGACUGUUCAACAGGAACUUCAAAUUACGGCCAAAAGUGCUUAAACUGAGAACACGACAAGGAGCGGAGAUGAAUUUUAACGGUUUAAGUAACGGUACAAGUGUAAUGAAAAAAUUAUAAUAUAUGUGAUAGGAUUAAAUUUUUCGAAAUCAGUUAUUUUGUUUUAUUCAUUAAUAUAGCUCACACGCACAUUCUCCAUUUUCAAAACGGAGACAUUUAUUGUUGUCAAAUGUUGUAUGCGCCUCCAACACCAUCACCAUCCAUGCAAAUU